GCGGGAGAAGUGUUGUCGUACGCUUUCUGUGUAGAAAAAAAAAAUACUCUCAAUUGUAAAUUUCCCUUUGCAUUAGCGAAUGGACGGUGGAAGUUCAGUGUACCUCGAACUCUUGUAGUUUUUUUUCUGGGCGAUAUGUAUAAUUUUUUUUUUCUUUCUGAACUUACUACAGAAGGUGGCGCUGACUUACUGAAUAAAUAAUUGCUGUUGUUUUCUCCAGGAGAGAAGAUUUGAAGGAGAACACCGGGCCGUCAGGUGUCCUAUGGAUUAAGGUAUCGAGGAAAGGAAGCGGUUCAUUUAUCUCCUCUUCUGUGGUGAAUUGUAUGAGGGGUGCACUGGAUUUAGUGGUCAGCCUCGAGAGUUUCCAUAAACAACUGGGCGAGGACUGAUGAAAGAGUCCUUGAAUUCCUCGGAAUUCGAACGGGCCAAUCUCCUCGCAGAGGGGGUGAGUGCUUCGUAAUCAUCCCUCGGCAGCGGUAGCUCAUCCUCAUCCAUUCCUGUCAGCGUUCUUCAGCUUCGAUGGCCCUGUCAAUCGAGUUCGGUGAGCGGUUACACUACUAACAAAACAUCAUCAUUGUUCAAAAUUGAGGAAUUUCUUACCUGAACAACUUGUGGGAAAAAAGUUUUUGUUAGAGAGAGAAGAACAAAUACGAAGAAGGAACUGUAGUUUUGGUAAACAGAAGGAAAAAAGUUAUUUCGAUUAAAAAUAGAUACGUUUCUAAAAGUAAGAAUGUUUGUCUAUCGAGACCUUUAAUGUUUUUUAAAUACUCUGAAUCUGUGAUGAUUCAAUAUGACUAUUUAUUUUCAAAAUGGUCUAAGAGAUAGAUAAGAAAAAAAAGCAAAUCAUAUAUUACUCUAUAACUCUUCAAACAGCACAUCUAACUUUAUCCUUGCUAACAGAUAAAAGAAGAAAGAAAGAAAGAAAAGAAAAGAAUAAAAAAAAAGAAAAAAAAAAGAAACAACAACAAAAAAGAAAAGAAAAGAAGAAAGAAAAGAAAAAAAAACACAAUUAAAAGAGAAAAAAAAACAGAAUUAAAAGAGAAAAAAAAAGAACAAAAAAAAAACAAAGUCCACGCCACUCUGGUGAAAAUUUCCCAGAUGUCACACCCGACAACAAAAAGUCUUCACGAAAAAUACGCCAUAAUAAGGAAAGUCUAGAAGUCCUUUCGUUGUACUAGAAGAUUCUGGAACUCUGUGAAGUCGCGCUGUCUUUUGGAAAUCAUGGAGUUGCCCUUAAGGAUCCGUCUCGCUGAGAUUCUCCAAUUGCUACUUGUCUUCUCUCGAGGAGACCCAACCGCCGGGACAUUCCUGAACUCGUACGGCAAGGCCUUCGAGGGCAGCGAGGGAAGGCCCCACACGCAGCCGUGGGAACCGCCCCCCUCCUCGGGCCCUGUGUUCGACCCCUCGCCCCCCCACAACGUGACUGCUGUGAAGGGCGAGAAUGCCUAUCUCCACUGCAUCGUUUACAACCUUGGUAACAAUACGGUAUCCUGGAUCCGCGACGCCGACCUGCACAUCCUGACGGUGGCGCAGUACACCUACACCGCCGACGACCGGUUCGAGGUGAUCCACUCCCCGGACUCCAACUCCAACUCCUGGAUUCUGAAGAUCAAGUCAGUUCAGCCGAGAGACUCAGGUCGCUACGAGUGCCAGGUCAACACGCACCCGACUGACCCCAUCACGUUCCCCGUCUACCUGUCCGUCUUCGUACCCACAGCCCGUAUCCUGGGUUCACCUGAGCGGUAUGUGUACAGGGGCUCGACCAUCAACCUCACCUGCAUUAUCAACCAUAAGCCUGAAUCCACAACGGAGAUCUUCUGGUACCAUAACAAUAAGGUGAUCAACUACGACAACCGGGACAGCCGCGUGAGCGUGAUCACGGACCGCGGCGCCGUCACCAAGACCAUCCUGCUGAUCCACGACGCGCACGACGGCGCCACCGGGACCUACUCGUGCGUGCCCUCGCCCUCCGCCACCGCCUCCGUCAGGAUACACAUCCUCAACGGAGACUCCACAGCCGCCAUCCUGACGAACGCCGGACGCCCUCGCCAUGUGUGCCGCGCUCCGUUCACGCUCGCUCUCGCCCUCCUCACCUGCCUGCUCUGUGACGUCACAAUCCGGGACUUUCUGAAGUGAAGAAUCUGAUGUUAUUUUUUAUGACUUUACCUUAUCGUAUACAGAUAUUAAAUAUAUAUAUAUAUAUAUCUAUUGAUGUUUUAUAAAGAAGAAGAAGAAGAAGAGAGAGAUUUUCUACUUGUAUAUCAGUCUCAAUGAAAAUGAUAAUUAA